AUGCGUGCACCUGCGGCUACUUUCCUCCACUGGAAGGACGGGACGUACGCUAUUGACGCUGAUAAAGAGUUCGACUCAGCAAAUAUCUUGAGCAUGUUAGGCAGGUCAAUGGAGAAGCUCCUCACAUUGCCCAAAGAGGACUAUGAGAAAUACCGUCUGGUCAAUUCGGAUCAGUUGACCGAGACAGAACGAAACGCAGAUGAAUCCUACCAUUAUACUACAAUGGGCGAUUUCAUGAUGCGGUCCCAACUUGAUGCUUACGAUGAUAGACUACCUGGGAGUGGUAUGUUCGACUUGAAAACCCGAGCUGUCGUGUCUAUUCGUAUGGACGCAAAGGAUUUCCACAAGGGCGUGGGUUAUGAAAUCCGGCACCGCAUUGGACAAUGGGAGUCAUAUGAGCGCGAAUAUUAUGACAUGAUAAGAUCUGCGUUCCUGAAGUACUCGUUGCAGGUACGAAUGGGCCGAAUGGACGGCAUUUUUGUUGCUUUCCACAACACUCGACGUAUUUUCGGGUUUCAGUACAUAAGCAUAGAUGAAAUGGAUCUUGCUUUGCAUGGGACGAACAACAGAAUUUUGGGAGAUAGAGAGUUCAAAAUCAGUCUCAAAUUACUGAACACGGUAUUGGAUCGGGCGACUGCCAAGUUUCCAGGCCGAUCACUUCGUCUACAUGUCGAGACAAGGGUCGGGGUCAUGCCGUUCAUGUACAUUUUCGCGAAACCCGUCGACGCAAAGGAGAUUCACGCAGUGCAAACGGCGAAUAAGGAAGCUGUUGAGGCAUUUGAGCGAAACAUGCUUGGACUCAAGUCUGAGGAUGGCCAGACAGAUCGUGUUAUCGAAGAAGACGAAGAUCUGAAAGACGAAGAUGAAGACUUGGCCGAAGACCGGGAUGACCUCAACGAUUGGAAGAACUCUGAGUUUGUUGAACAGGAAAGUGAGGAAGUAUGGCAACAUAUGAGAGAGGUGGUGGAGCAAACGAUAGAAAAUGAAGCUCGUGGCCUGGAGACAAUCCGAGACACGAUCCAAGAAGCUCUUACACAAAGCGGACUUCUCCAGACAAUCUCCCCAGAGGAGUCGAGAUACUACGUGGAUUCGCUUCUCGAAGCUUUGAACCCUCGAAAUGCCUCGAAGCAGAAUACUUUGGAUACCAGUCUACCUCGAGACGAGGAAGAUGUCGUCGAUUCGUCCAAGUCUCAGGAGGAUGUUGGAGAUGAAGAUGGCUCAACGACCUAUAAUUCUGCUGAUCGGCUCACCCCUGAUGUCGAAGAAAACGUGGAAGCUGGUGAAGCAGCCAUUCUGAGUUCGGAUAGCGCGGACCAAUCGAUAACGAGUAUGGAUAAUCUGAACAAUAGGAUCUCUGGGGACACGAGACCUCUCAAAAAGUUGAUCGCUUCGCUAGCUGCGAAAGCAGAGACCAAUUCCACUCAAGACAGCCAACACAUGACAGACGAUGACGCGGCUCACGAUGUUUCUCCAGAUCAAGCUAAAUUACGCAAGUUUGGUAAUAUUCUAUCCAAGAUGAUCAAUAAAGCGAAGGACUCCGGCUUGAAUACAGAUGAAGCCAGCCCCCUGGAAUCAUCAGAAGACGACGAUGCAUCACACGCUACAGCGGACCUCCCUGGUACAGCAGAACAAGUGGAAUCGAAGUCGACUACUACCGCUAGUGAUGGAGACCUGAUGGGUAUGAUCUUAACUGUACGGAAUAAAGUCAACGGUCGAGAUGUCCAGCGACCAGAAGAUCUAUCCAAAUCUGAUUCCUGGACUGUAUCGUAUCAUAUUGAGGAGAUCCCGGCCGGACGGGCUGAAACGAUAUAUCGGCAACUGAAGAGGAGACGCCAGAUCGCACUAGCACCAGAAAAGGAUCGCGGGGAAGAGUGGCACAGGAUGUUCAAAGGCAAUCUGAGAUAUCACAGCGAAAGAGGGCAGCGUUUCAGGCGCAAAGAAACUGAGAUAGCGAAGACUAGACCUGUCCAUGUGUAUGGUCAUGAGAAGCCACUCAAGUAUGAGGAGGUGUUUAAAGAGGUCGAAAAGUAG